AUGGACGACAGCCAUAUACUUGGAGAGGACUUACCUCUUCCUCCAGGGCGCCUGUUUGAGCGCUUAGCGCAAUUACCCGGCUACAUCUGGCACCAGAAUCUCAGACCUUUCCGUUCCUCCUAUGAUCAUUGGCACGUUACAGGCGUGAGACUUGCUUCGGAUGCAGAUGUGCCCAUUUUAACUCCUUCCUCCUCCUCACGAUCGAAAGAGUCCACAUUGACCUCUGCGCACACCUCCCCCCGGAUCGAAAACAGAUCAUCCUACUCUCGAAAUAAUUGGCGAAGUAGCCUCAGCGAAUCAAGUAGCGAUAUUUCCUCCUCUCGCAACGAUCCGGAUGCCUCAUGGGUACCCGUAGUGGCUCGCGUUUCGAGCCAUGUUAUAAGGCUGGAACGCGAGUUCCAUAUACUGAAAUCAAUUAUCCAGAUAUCAGAUCCCGAAUGCAAACACACGGUCCGCCCCAUCGACAUUAUUCGCCUCGCCCCUCAGCCUGGCGAUCCCGGUCCCUUGUUGGUUACAAUCUACGAAUCCCAGGGUCCAAAUCAGUUAAAAGAAUAUGUAGGCUUCGGGCCUAUCUUUUUCCAGACGUAUGGGGGAGAGGUAUUAGCGGAAUGCUCAUCCCUAGGGGCCCAAGUUCCCAUCGCAACGUUUUUGGAUUUUGCCAUCGGUGCAUGCGAAUGUCUGGAAUUAUUGCAUUAUGGCCUGAAAUGCAUUCACGGUGAAAUCAGACCCGAUGCCUUCCAUUAUAAUGCCGAGACAGGCGCAGUGAAACUUUCAAACACGGGAAAUGGCGCCAGAUCUUUCGAUAAUGCAUUGAGUGAAGGUUGGUCGAUCCUAACACGCGAUUUCGGCGUGAAAAAUAAGUUGCAAUUCGUCGCACCGGAACAAACUGGAAGAUUACCAACAGAGCCUGAUAGUCGCACUGAUAUAUACGCUCUCGGUGUGUUGUUUUGGUCGAUGCUUGCGGGACAACCUGCAUUCGAUGCGAGUGAUCCAGUUGAAGUUGUGCAAAAUGUGCUCGGCAAAACAUUACCUACGGUUUCAUCCAAGAGGAUGGAUGUACCAGAUGCAGCCGCCGCCGUUAUCCAAAAAAUGACCCACAAACAGAUCGAUGAUAGGUACCACACGAUUUCUUCAGUGAAGUGGGAUCUUCAGCAAAUUUCAAGACUACUAGGCGAUGGCGAUCAUGAGGGAUUAAAAAAUUUCGUCAUAGCCCAGCGCGAUGUUUCAUCGUUUUUUGCCCUGCCAGCGACUAUGUUUGGACGGAGAGAAGAACAUGAAAAGAUCCUUCAAAUUAUUGACAAAGUCCAAAAACGCCAACAAGCUACUCUUGCCCAAGCUGCGGCGAAGUCAAUUCACUCCCUCUAUGCUCUCAGUUCAGGCUCUUCCGUGUCUGAUAGUCGCGUGGAUGGCAUUGAAAUUGGGGAUGGCUCCAGUGACUCUGGAUCAUACGGUAUUGCUGCCAUACGGAGCAGUUCUACAUCUAGCCCUUACGCUCUUGCGCAUUCGUCAACACAAGACUCAAACUGUAGCGCAGAUUCUACCUCAAGUCAAAAAACACUACUUCUCUCCAAUAGAGUUAAGAGUCCCACCGAUUCAAAGAAUUCUGGCGAUAUCAAUGAUCGCGAAAGUCAUUUUGCUUCCAGCCUCAGUAACCAGGGCCAAUUCGAUUCCCUUGCACCUCUAGGACGGCGAAAGGUGCAGGCAAAGUACCGGCAAAGCGGUCGUUGUGAGGUGAUCAGCAUAUCCGGUGUUGCUGGCCUCGGAAAAUCAGAUCUUUUAAACCGACUACAACCAGAAAUCCGGAAACAUGGCUAUAUCGCAGUUGCUCGCCUCGAUCGUUCACGCCGAGUUCCUUUUGAGCCAUUUUUUAAAAUUCUUGCUAGUCUUCUUCGUCAGAUUUUUUCUGAGCGUGACGUUUCUUCUGAUUACCACAGCUCAAUACGCAUGACCCUGCAGCCAAUAUGGCUAUCCCUCCACAAAAUCCUUGGCCUACCAGAAAAUUUAAUCUACCCUGUUGGGACGAUGAGCGAGUCCGUGAACUUCUUAAAGACUACUGCUACACCCCUUCAAGUGCUUAAAGAGGAGACAGAGGAAUCAUUUCAUUCCCAAGAUGCCCACUUUACCAGUUUAAGCGCGGGUCAGACAUUGAAUGAUUUUUGCCAUGGGCCAUCAUCCAACGCUAUGCUCAGAUUCGCGGAUACUCUUAUUGAAACAUUGAGGAUUAUGUCGUUUCAGAAGCUGAUAUGCGUCGCUUUGGAUGAUAUCCAGUACGCCGAUGUGGAAAGCGUGCAGAUUUUGCUUGAGAUUGUCAGAACUAAAAUCCGAUGCGUUCUUAUGAUUACGAGCCGACCAGAAGAAAUAAAUUCCCCUGAAUUAAAAGCGCUUUUCCAGACCGACAUGGCCAAUGUAACCAGGAUCGAACUAAGCCCAUUAAAUGAUGACGAGGUUCACGAAUAUGUUGCUGCCACGAUGCACCAACCUCCUAACAAGAGGCUGCUUCCCCUUUCCGCAGUCGUCCAAGAGAAAAGUCGAGGAAUUCCGUUCUACAUGCGAAUGAUCCUUGAGACCUGCUAUCAAAAGAACUGCAUUUGGUAUUCUUGGAGAGACUCAGCCUGGCAGUUCGACUUGGACAGGAUAUUUACGGAAUUUGUGUCCCCUAGCUAUGGUGAAGGCCUCGGCACAGAUUUCAUCGCCAAACGGCUCCAAGAGCUUCCCUCGGAAUCCCGCUCGAUUCUUUUAUGGGCUGCAUUGUUAGGCAGUCCAUUUUCCUUCACAUUAGUUCAGAGGUUGCUCUCCGGAGAGUUUCUGUUCGCCUUGGGUGGAGAACCCCUAGAGGACAUUACAUGUCCGCACCGGGCACCCUUGACGCAAAGUAAAAGAGGGAUGGUUUCAGGACUUCAGCACUUACUCCAAAUGUAUAUUAUAAUCCCCGGUGAAACUGAUGAUGAAUUUAGAUUCGCCCACGAUCGCUACGCCCAAGCCGUAGCAAGUAUGAGAGAGUGCCAUAACCAAGAGAAGAUGCAUUUCAUUGCUGCAAAAACCGUGAUGAAAUACGGUCCAAAUGACAGCACUUCAUUGUAUUCGCGAGCUCAGCAUAUUCAGUGUGCAGCAAGAUUAAUCAAGCAGCGAGUUCACGAACGGAUCAAAUAUAGAGAUGCGCUGUACUACGCCGCUCGGAGCGCUUUCCAGUCUGGGGCGAAGGCUACCGCGCUAAGCUAUUUUCAAGCUUGUCUCUACCUGCUACAGGAUGACCCAUGGGAUAGCAAUGCUGAAGAUGUUUACUAUGAGGAAACACGAGAGCUCCAUAUUCAAACCGCUGAAAUGCUAAUAUCUAGUGGGAAAAACAAGGAAGCCAUGGAACUUCUUGAGGUGGUGUUCAAGCGCGCUCAUUCUCCUGUGUGCAAGGCGAGGGCAUGGAAAUUAAAAAGCAAGAUACUCGCCCAAAGAAGCGAUAUUUCCGGUGCCCUUGAGGCCUUGUUCACAAGCAUGGAUGAGCUGGGUGUGAAAAUCAACAGGCCAAGCUCCUGGGAAGCUUGCGAUGAGGCAUACGAGAAACUCAGCGCAUAUCUUAAAGCUGCCGAUCUCGAUGUCGUUUUCUCUGUACCGCUUAGCCAGGACAAGACGUUGAUCACUCUUGGGUCGUUGAUGGCCGAAGCUAUGUCAGUGUGUGUUUGGGGGGAGCCGUUGACGUUUCUCCAGCUGGGGAUUGAAAUGAUGAAUAUCUAUCUGUUUCGUGGAGCCUUUUCGCAGGUCGCCGUUCUGUGCACAUACAUAUCCAUGGUUGCGAUGAGCCGAUACAAAGAUCUUGAACUUGGCGUCAAGCUCAGCGACUCUGCUGUCGAUCUCCUAGACCGCUUCGAUGAACCCUGGAUUCUAGCGCGGGCUGUUACUAUCCACAAUUAUUCCGUUAAUCAUAUGAGGGUACCCAUGUCAACGACAUUACCACGCCUCGAAAGUGCUAUGGAAGCUGCGUUUUUGCUGGGUGAACGAUACUUGAUUCUUAUGAAUAUAUCCGCUAUGGUAUUCACUCGAUUUUGUCUAGGCCAUGACCUGUCUGAGUUGGAGGCGCUGUGUAAUUAUGCGCCAGAGGAAAUUGGCGAUUGGGAAAACGACCCACGUGGCGGGGUCUAUAUCGUUUCUGUCCGGCAAGCCGCACGUGCUCUCCAGGGGAAAACAUUUAUCAACUCUGCGGAUCAUAUACUAUCCGACGAUCAGCACGACAGCGAGAAGUAUAUUGCUCUUCCUGGCUUGAACUCCCACGCCCUAAACAUGUAUCGUGCAAUGAGUUUGGUGCCACUGUACUCCUACGGCUACUACGAGAAAGCAGUGGAGAUUGGCACUGAAAUGACGAAAUCGUUGGCCGGCCUCUGGUCCCUCCGUGCUGCUACCCAAACGUAUUUUUUCCUUUCAUUAUCCAUGCUUAACCGCCACCUUGAUGAUCCAUCCCGACCUGGCGUCGAAGAGACCAUCAACCAGGUUAAAGAGUACAAGAAGGAGGUCGACUUUAAGACCCGCGCUUGCGAUGUGAAUUACGGUGCGUGGUCAUUAAUACUCGAAGGCCUGAUCUGCGAGGCGUCCGGCAAGUUCCAGAGUGCUCUCAUUGCCUUUGAGGCAGCGCUCGAUCAUGCCCAGCUACACAAUUGGCCUCUGGAAGAAGCCCUUGCUCUCGAGCUUCAAGUCGACUUCCUCGUUCGACGUGGCGUUAAACGGGCUGCUAAAUUUAUGCUGCAGGAAGCAAUCGCAGCGUGGAACCGUAUCAGCGCGACGGGUAAAGCUAAGCACCUCUCGGAAAAACAUGAGUGGCUUUUAAGAGUUGGAUCUCCUACAUCAAGAUCUAAUGAUGUUGGUUGUCAAACUAUUGAUUCGAUACUCAAUGUUCCGAGGACUACGGAGCCAGCGUCUAACUCCAUCCAUCCACAGCUUGAAGCUGAACGUAAACGAGAAUGGUUGGAGGAGAAUGAGGAACAUGCUGACCAGAGGUCUUUGGAUAUAUCCGGGCUUGGUCUAGAUAUUAUCGACUUGUCCAGCAUACUUGAAUUUAGCCAAGUCAUGUCCUCUGAAUUACACAUAGAGAAAUUGCUUACCAAAAUGGUUGGCAUAAUACUCGAGUCCUGUAGCGGUUCCGAAUUAGCGGUUGUGGUCACGGACUUUGAACCUUAUGGUUGGCUAGUUGCUGCGGCUAGCGAUCACGAAAAUGGAGAUGUAGCUUUCGCCGAUGGCCUCGCGUUUUCUGAAGUAGAGGACAAAAUGGCACAGCAAAUCACGCAUUAUACUCUACGGACGAGGGAACCCGUCCUUGUCCAUAAUGUCCUCGAUGACGAGCGUUUCUCCAACGUCAGUGAAGCCUACGCCGCCCGAAACCCGCAUGGGAAAUCCGUUAUUGCCCUACCUAUUAUCCAAGCCAACAAUCUUCUUGGGGUGAUUCACGUUGAGGGUAAACCCAAUUCGUUUACUCAACGUAAUUUAGUUGUGCUCCGCCUUGUGUGUAAUCAAGUUGGAAUCUCACUGGCAAACGCUUUCCUUUAUCGGAACGCGAGUAAAGUCAGUGCUGCCAACGCCGCCAUGGUUGAAGCGCAGAAACGUGCCUUGGCACUCGCCAGGGAAGCGGAACGAAAGUCCAAGGUUGCAGAAGCGGAAGCUAAACAUAACGUUAAGCUCAAAGAAGACGCUGCAAAGGCCAAGUCAAUAUUUCUGGCUAACGUUUCUCAUGAUUUGCGCACGCCAAUGAACGGGGUCAUUGGGUUGUCAGAAUUACUUAAAAAGACCAGCUUGGACCGAGAGCAGGAUGGCUACGUCGAAUCGAUCCGUGUCUGCGCGGAUACGCUAUUAACGCUGAUUAACGACAUUCUCGACUUCUCCAAGCUCGAAGCUGGCAAGAUGAAAGUUUCGACAGUUCCCCUCAACCUCAGAGAAACCAUAGCGGAGGUUGUUCGCGCCCUUCGUUAUACUCACCGUGAUUGCGGACUUAAGACUAUCGAGGACCUAGAUGGUGUUGAUCCCAAUUUAUUGGUUAUGGGAGAUCCUGUUCGUCUCCACCAGAUAUUUAUGAACCUGCUAAGCAACAGCUACAAGUUCACGCCAAAAGGCUCCGUUACGGUCAAAGCCAAGGUAACUGAUGAGGAUGAAGGCCGUAUUCGUAUCACGUGUAAAGUUGCCGAUACUGGGAUUGGAAUUUCCGGAGAACAGUUGGUUCGACUUUUCAGGCCAUUCUCCCAGGCUGACAGUUCGACAGCGAGAUCAUACGGAGGGAGUGGGCUUGGGUUGAGCAUCUGCAAAGCAAUAAUAGAGGAUGUGCUUGGUGGCAAAAUUUGGCUGCAAUCAGAGGAAGGGGUGGGCACGACCGUUACCUUUACACUGGUAUUUAACAAAGCCCCGAAGAACGCUGUGGUCAAAAUGCCAUGGUCUCAAGAUGGCACUCAAGAGAAGAAACAGAUUCCCAUGAGACAGGCAGUCAGGGAUCUCAAGUCUCUCGCCCGAAACAGGAUCCGCGUCUGCAUUGCCGAAGAUAACCCAAUCAACCAAAAAAUUGCAGUGACUUUCGUUAGGAAUUUGGGACUAGAGUGCGAGGCGUUUAGCGAUGGUCAGCAGGCUGUGGAAGCUCUUAGACGUGCAUCUGCAGAAGGAAACCCUUUCCACCUUGUCCUAAUGGACGUUCAAAUGCCGGUUCUGGACGGAUAUAAUGCUACGCGGAGGAUUCGUGAGGAUUUGGACCCGUGCGUCAACGAUGUUCUCGUAAUAGCCAUGACCGCCAGUGCUAUUGAAGGGGAUCGCGAAAAAUGCAUCGACGCCGGCAUGAACAAUUACCUCGCUAAACCCGUCAGGUCUGAUGUACUGAAAAGGAUGCUUGAUCAGUAUCUAGCACCUUCGAUGGAGUCCGAGCUCCCGAGAUGGGGAUGUCGACGGCGCCGGGCACGCUCGACUGCGGCUGCUUCUGGUCCUUCUCCCGUUGAAGAGGAACCGCAAACCAACAUCGUUCCUGAAUUUGAAUCCAAAACCUCCAUUAAGGGAAAGCCUGGGGAUCUAUAUGCGUUUAUGCCGAACGGCUCGAAACCGCCCGACAGCCCUCCCGCGGGUGCCUCCUUCAGCGCCGCACAGACUACUUCUCCUGAUGCUGCUGCUGCUGCCGCUGCUGAUACCAUAUCAAGCACUCACACCAAUACGAGUGGGAAUGGAGAGAGCUCCGCACUUGUGGAGCCGUCUAAAUAA